AUGGAGGCCGCUGCGGACGCUGCUGCCGCCACACCGUCGAGCUCGACAGAAUCGACACCAAACCCGCCGUCGUCAGCGACACCGACGCCACCAUCACCACCAUCGCCAGUCGCGGCCGUUGCGCCCGUCUCCAAACGACGUUUCACACCGAGACGGAUCUACCGACCAGAAGCCAACUCUCUCUACGACCUCAUGUGGGACGAGGCUGGCUCCACGCUCUUCAUGAAGCCCAUUUUCUGGACCGACAUGCACUCGCGUCUUCUCGACAUUCGCUACGUCGAGCUCCCCCGGUGCCAAAACAUCAAGGCCACGCAAGACUUUUACCAGGCCUCGCCACGCGCCGAGAGCCUCUGCAGGCAGCUCACCCAGCUGCAGCACCCCGAACUCAACGGGCCUUACGAGACGGACCACAUAUGCGAGGCCAUCGAAACACUCUACCCCUCGACGAGACUCACUGCAGCCCCGCCGCGCGGCAUGAUCGACCUCAACAUGUACUUCUCCGGCCUCCUGUACCCCAGCGCAUGUCGCGUCCAGCUCAUGUGGGAAUGCGGCCCCGCCCAAGAUGGCCUCUGCGAGUCGUUCCAGACCAUCUCCACACGCCCUGCCGAAUCCUUACCCGGCAGUCUCAACGCUAGCGCAGUUCUCCCGCCUCGGUCUUCGGCAGCCGCGCGGGAACCGACGCUCGCGUACAUCAGCAAAAAGUUCAUCCACGACUCGCGCGCCAAUAUGUACCGCGCCUUCCGCGGCCCCAAGAACAGGGGCAACUCGCCCGUCGAGAGCCUCUGCCGGCUGCGGUCGAAGCGCCUCAUGCCGAGCAACACGGACGAGGACCCGGCCUUUGCCGGCACGCUCCUCGCCAUGGCCCAGAAGCGCUUCUACCACAACGCGCCCUCGGCCAUUGGCCGCUCGCGCAACGCCCGGCGCCACGCGCCCAAGCCCCAGCCGGCCCCCGCCUUUCACGACGUGACGGUCCACUUCAUGACAAACGACGACGACGGCAACGAGCUCAUUGUCUACACGGCCGUCGUCACGGCCGCCUUCCUCGCGCGGUUCCACGCCCCGACCAAGACGCCCGCCGGCAAGAACGCCCCGGGCGAGGCGACCCUCACAGACCUCGGCAUGAAGAUUGAGUACACCAAAGUGCCCAUCUGGCCCGUCGUCGGCCUCAAGGAACGCCUCGGCAAAGCCCUGGGCCGAGACCUCAUUGGCGACUUUGACGAGAACGACCUCGACAUGCUCGGGUCGCAGAAGAGGCCGAGCGAGAACAGCAGCAGCAGCAGCAGCAGCAGCACCAACAGCAACAGCAGCAGCAACCCGAACAAGCGCGCGGCGCCCGACGACGAGGAAGACGGCACCCGGGCCCGCAGACCCAGCAACGAGCAGCUUGGCGAGACGGGACUGGAUUACGAGGCCAGAGCCAAGGCGCUCAUCGCGUCGAUCUGGGACGGUGGCAGCGGCGGCGGCGGCGGCGGCGCAGGCGGCAGCGACGACUCUGACGAGGAGCACGCGCAGACGUCCUCGAACAGCCGGAAACGGCGCCGGCUGACCAACGGUCGCCGCAUCGACGAGUCUGGGCGGCAGGGGGUGGCGGCCAAGAGCAGGCAGCUGGUCGAGUGA